AACCUACAAGCAGUCCUUUAUAUUUCUUUUGGCCAUCUCCGGCACAAGCUAAAACAAAUUUAGCGCAAAAUUUAAACAAAAUGAAUUAUAAAUGACACUAUUAUAUCUCAGUUUUUAGAGUGAUUAAUUUUAAACAAUUAUGCUAUGGAAUAUUUUCUAAAUCCAAAAGUCAUUUAAUUCAAGGAUAAAGUAUCUUGUUGAAGAUUUUUUUUGGAAUAAAAAUCAUGCAAUUCCAACAUGAGCUCUGAGGCACCUGUUAAAUCAUUCUAUUUGAACAUUUCCACCAGGCCCCCAAUAAGCAAGAGAAAAGUGCAUAAGCUUGGUCUGAAAAAGUGGGAAACUUCUCUGGAGGAUUUUAAUGAAAAUAAAAAAUCACUAAGUUUUUCAUCUUUAAAAUCAAAUACUUUAAGUAAGGAGCUAAAUCUCUGCAAAAGGAAAAUAUUUUUCGAAAAUGCUCACAAAUCUCUGAAAAGAAAAUCUAUAUCCGAAAAAAAUAUUAUCGAAACUGAUCUUUUAUGCUUAAACAAUCGGCCAUUUCGCCCUUCAAUCCAGCAGAAGGAAAAAAAGAUAAAUAUUAAUUUUAAUAUUCAAGCUACAUUUGAGACUGUUAACUGGGAUUCCAAACCCAAAUUCGAGCAGAAUGCAUUUUCAGAAAAUACUUUUAAAAAAAGGAAAUCUGUGUUCAAUCAAAGCACCAUCGACUCUGAUUUUUUGUGUUUAAAAGACCAGUCGAAACCUCGUUGUUGUUCCUCCUCUGUACGAUUUCCACAAAAAGAAAAAAGAGCUCUACAAAAUGCUAAUUACAAUCUUUGCAACAGUAAAGGGGAGAGAAAGACACUCAAUUUUAAAUAUGAUGACAUUGUGCUGUGUGAUUCUAAUCCUAAGGAACAUGCUAUAGGUGAAAAAGUUGGAGAUGUGCUGCAUGAUUUUAAUCCUAAGCAUCAAUCAAUUGGUGAAAAGGUUGAAGAUGUGCUGCGUGAUUUUAAUCUCAAGCAACAUUCAAUAGGUGAAAAAGUUGGAGAUGUGCUGUGUGAUUUUAAUCCUAAGCAACAUUCAAUAAGUGAAAAAGUUGAUGUUCUGCUUGAAUUUAAUCCUAAGCAACAUUCAAUAGGUGAAAAAGAUGGAGAUGUAAAAAGGCCUAAACAUAAUUUUGUCAUUCCAGAAGAAUUUUCUUGCAAUAAUAAUGUUCAAGUUUUAUCUAAAAGUGCUUUAACUGAAAGUUUCAAAACUGUUGAAAGUUUAAAGGAGGAAAAGCAUGUAACAAAGAUUGAUCUCCCGGAAGACGUUAGAAAUUUGUUUAAGACUGAUGCUAAAUGUUCCUCUAUUGGCGUUGGAAGUGAAUGGAUUCAUUCUCUUGAACAUAUCCUUCAAAAUCAUUCGCAGGGGAAGAAGAAAAUUCAAAACUUAAUUGUUGGAGGAUAUUGCGAACAGAUUCUCAAAUUUCAAAGGCGUGAAUUGUCAGAAAAAGCUAUUUGCGAACACACGAAUGGAUUGAAAGCUGAAACAGAAUCUGUACUCAUGAGAAUAAAUUCCAUAAUCCACGAUUGUGAAAUAAUUAUCACCGAAUGUUGUCUGCUUGAUCAAGAAGAACUGAGAAAGGGUGACUCCUCUUAUAUUGCCCUCUUCCAAAAAUCCUCUUUUAAUAAACAACAGAUGAAAACAGGGAAAGCUUUCCUACUCUCUCUACCUUGGCAUUUCUUGCAACUGAAGUGUUUCCCUGUUUUUAUUUGCAAGUAUUUCAAAAGUGUAUCAUUGGAAGAAUAUCAACAAAGACUUUUAAUGGAUGAGAAGUUAAGGAACAAUGAAAUGAAAUUCCGAAAUUCCGCAUUGAGGAAAUGUAAUUCUUUGAUAGAUUGUGAAAACAGAGGCUUGCUGAAAGCUGAACAAAAAGAAGAUAUGUUCUUCAUGUGGAAGAAAAAGUUGAAUCUAUGGGCAAGAAUUCAGCGAACAUGGAACUACAGAAUUUCUGUACAAAAAUUGGCGUUAAGAGAUCAAUAUAUUUCCAGGUUGACAUUGCUUCUGCAAGCAAGAAAUGGAGAGUUUUAUCUAUUAAAUACUUCAUCUCUUUGCACAGAUUGGUUUAAGUUUAAUCUAAACAACAGCGAAGGUAACUGUUAUUUCUUCGAAGGCUUAAACGUUUUGCAUAGAUUGGAGCAAAAUAGGUAUCCUAAAUUAUUUCAGUAUCUUAAAAAUUUGUUGAAGGAAAACAAAGUAACUAAGAUUGAGCAAGAUUUUGUUUACCAAUUGGGUUUUGAUGGAAUGACGAAAAAACCUUCUAAAAUAACUGAAGUUGAUUUUCAUCCCUUCAUCUCUAUUCAUUUCCAGUCUCUUUUAUCAGUGAUUAAAAAACCUAAUGGUCGUGUGUCUUGCAAAGCCAAAGUCUUGCUUCAUUAUCGUUCAAUACUGUAUGUAUGCGACGAGAGCAUUCUUCAUUCAGGAAAUGUGCAGUUUGUAAAGGUGUUUCUCCCUCACCCUCCACCAUUAUUUCCAAAGUCUGCGGUGUGCAUUACAGAAGCACUGGUCUUUCAAAGUAAUCUGUAUGUGGAUGAAUACAGUCAGAUAUCUUCUCAUCUCUCAAAUGAGGAUAUUUCUAUUCAAGAUGUUGAAUUACCACUCAGACCUGAUUUAAAUGUAGCUGACAUUCUCACUGUCAAAGGAAAUAUAACAAAUGUAGAUGAAAGAAAUGCAUUCAUCUGGCUUCAGUGCAGUUUCUGUGGGAAUGAAAAUCUAAUUCAAAACUAUGAAGACGUUAUAUUCUGUGAGGACUGCUGUCGGGUCGUGGAACAUCCUUUCCUGAAAGUAAAGAUGAACGUCACUGUCUCAAGUGAAUCCUUGCAAAAUAUUCUCUUGAAUAUUGAGCUUUCUUCAGUUACAAUCAAAAGAAUUUUAUCAUUGAAGGAGAAUUCUUACCAACCUCAGUGUAAUGUGUCUGAUGUACUGGGCAAAGAAAUAGGACCACUACUCUGCUAUGUUAAGGACACCUCUCCUACAAUAUUCUAUUUAAUUGAAGUUGAAGACUACCAUUGACUCAAAUGUAUUCAUUCACAUUAUGUAUCAUCACACGUUAAUAAAACCUGCCAUUUUCAUCAAUGAAA